AUGUUAAGCAAGCAUCCUAUUCAUUUUGAUCCCAUUUCAAAGAAAAUUCUUGACAACAUAGUCUCUCAUUCUCCAAUCUCGCGCCCAGGAGAGCCCGAGGAAGUCUCAUCAUUAGUGGCAUUCCUCUGUUGCCCUGCUGCUUCCUACAUCACUGGCCAGGUCAUUGGUGUUGAUGGUGGAUGUACUAUCCAUGGCGUGCCUACUUCUGAGUUGUAA